AUGUCGUCCGGUGGCAACAGCGGCUACACAAGUCGGCCGUCGAGGCUGUCUCGCGUCGAUCUGGGCGCUGACGACGACGAAGAGCUCGACUACUCCGAACAAGCUGGCCCGAGCAACCCUGGCAGGCACACGGCUUCCAAAUCACAUCCGUCUUCUCGAUACGAUCCAAGGAGGUCUAUUGAAAGGUCACGCCGCUCAUAUGACGAUUUGGACGAAUCUCCGAGCUACAGGCCAUCUUACGAUUGCCAUUACCAGGAGCAGGGAUCGUCUCGAUCUCCUGCAGUACCGAGGACCAGACGUCCCAGCAGAUCGCCAUCACCGCAGCCAGACAAGGACGUGCUCGCCUACAUCCGUGCGCAAAAGGAGUCAGAGACUUCCGCGUCCAAAGGAGAGCUUGAGCUCGCAGAACAGCUCAAGAGGGACAAAUUUCAGCAUGGCGCUGGCAAGGUCAAAUCGCGCGUGCAGAAGGAGAGAGAAGCCGAGGAGAAGAAACGCAAGCAGGCGGAACAAGAUGCUGCCAAGGCGUACGAUGAGUUCGUGGCAGCGAUGGGCGCUGACGAAGAUCAGGACAGCAGCAAGCGAGCUCGUGGUCAACCGACUCGCUCAAAGCCAAUGGGCUUCGUCGCGGCUGGAGGGGGAGCGUAUGUCGGGUCAAGGUCAGAGCCAGUCAAGCCUAUCGAGCCACCACCCGAGCAGCAGAGCGAGGCUACACAACCCAGCAGCUCAGAGAAAGCAUCGCUCAAACGAGUCAAUGCUGCUUUUGGCGACGACUCGAGCGGUGACGAAGCAUCUGCAUCCAACUCUCAUCCGCCUCCCACGCGACAAGAGCCACAACGCAAGCGACAAGCCAUGUCCUCCUUCCUCACCGAGCUGCAAAGCGAACAGGCACAACGCGAAUCCCGGCUCUCUGACCUCGCUUCCACCACCAACAAGUCCAUAUCUACGCUGCUAGCCAACGAGACGCUCGCCAAGCCCGGCUCUCGCGAUCUCGCCUCCGAUCCGCUCACCACCAACAUCUGCAUCGUCACGCUGCCGCUCAAUGUCGACGAGCGCAGUGUCGGCGACUUCUUCCGCGCUUGGGGCGACAUUGCGACUGUAAAGAUCAUGUGGCCGAGGGGAGAGCAGAGGGAGAGAGCGACCGGCUUGACCGGGUUCGUAGCGUUUAUGACACGAGCCGAGGCCGAACAGGCAUUCAAGGAGGCCGAUGGGGCCACAUGGGCCGGGGUGAGGCUCAAGCUGAGUUGGGGCAAGGCGAUGCCUCUCCCAUCUCGAGCAAUGUAUCCUCGGUCGACAGAUCACAAGAGGGAGGAAAAGCAAUCGGGUGACAGCAGAGAUAGCGGGAGGGGUGCCAGCAAAAGCAACGCCCCCAAACUCAUCAUCCGUCAUCGACGUUCCGGCGCAGGCGUGGACGAGCAGAGGCAGCACAUCCGAGACAAGGUACGACAAGACUGUCCGGAGAUGCAACGUCUUUUCAUCGAAACCGUCGCCUCGAGGAUCCGCAGCAAUGGCGCCCACUUCGAGCACAUCCUACGCGAGCGAGAAGCGGACAACCCCAAGUUCGCCUUCCUGUUCGAACAAGACUCUGUGCUGCAUCACUACUUUCGCCUGUGUCUGGACGAGCACUACCUCCCUGUCGCCCUCGACAACGACGAAGAGCAAGACUUUGACGAUGCAGGCAGCGACGCUCUCUACUCGACCGAUUCGGGCGAGGAAUCCGAGACCAACCGCAUCAGCCUCAAUCGCAGCACAACUUCGCACACACCUCUCUCCCCGCUCGCCCGACGCCGCCUCUGCGCGAUGCUGCGCAGCCUCACUCUACGUCGCGAGCGCAUCGCCCGAAUCACAGCUUUUGCCAUGGACCACGCCUCAAGCUACCCCACCGUCGUCCGCCUCCUCGCCACCUCGCUCCUCCAGCCUUCCACACCAAUCCCGCGCAAGCUCGCCCGCCUCUACGCGCUCAGCGACAUCCUUCACAAUUCCGGAUCCCCCAUCUCCAACGCCUGGCGAUACCGCGCCGCUCUGGAAGCACAGCUACCCCUCGUGUUCGCACACCUCGGCCAGGUCGCAGCGAGCUUUGCGGGGAGGAUGAAAAGGGAGGAGUUCAGGGGGAAGGUGAUUGGCGUGUUGGAGGUGUGGGAGGGCUGGAUUGUUGUGGGACCGCAUGUGUUGGAGAGGUUGAGGCGGUUGUUCGAUCGUCCGCCGAUGGUCAAGAGCGCGGUGGAGGAAGAGGAUCUGGAUGGGGAAGCGCUCGACCCUGCACAGCCUGCACAGUCGAACAGCAUCGAAGAAGAGGAUCUGGACGGAGAAGCACUCUGA